AUGAUUAAAUCUUUUUUUCGUCGUAAUAAACUUUUUCUCCUCAAUUUAACAUCUGCAUCUGGACUUCUAGCUAGCAGUGAUCUAUUCGUCCAAAUUUUCUACGAAAAAAAAAAAGUUUUAGAUAAUAAACGUCUUCUCGCCGCAUUGGCUACUGGAGCAGUAAUGGGUAUUGAAGGUCAUAUUUGGUAUGCAUUUCUUGAUCAAUUUAUAGUUCAACGAACAUGGUCUAAUGUUUUUAAAAAAGUCUUUCUUGAUCAAACCAUCGGUGCACCUUUUUAUACACUAACGUAUAUUGUUGGAACUUCUGUUCUCGAAGGAAGAACAUCAUCUCGAGAAUUAAUAGGUGACAUUCAAACAAAUUUUCUUCCACUUUAUCUCGUCGAUUGUUUUAUAUUUGCACCUAUUCAAAUAAUAAAUUUUAAAUAUAUACCACCAUUAUAUCGUGUUCCAUUUUUGUCUCUUAUUUCAUUCAUUUUUGAUGCCUUUAUUAGUGCUUAUAAACAUCAACAUCAAGAAAUACAUGUGCAUGACAAUCUGAAAUAG